AUGACCAACAAAAGACAGACGGCAAUAAGCCGUUCUAUCCAUCGAGCCCUUCUCCGCGAACAUGAUCAGACAGGCACCAGGAGAUACAAUGUGCUGGCCUUGAUAUUCGCUUUUCUCUCCAUCUGGCAGAUACGCCUUGUCCGAAUAUCGGCACAACUAUUCAAAAGUCUUCGGAACGAAGUAUGGGACAUAGACGAAGUGGACUAUAUCGACUCAUUUGUGUAUGAUAAGAAAAAGGCAGACGGAGCUGGCAUACUACCCAUGGGGGACUUGGGUUAUUCCGGCUCGACGUUCUUCAAAACUGCAAACUCGAAAUUCUUGAUCAAAAGCCUACCCCGACGUUCGGAGCAUUCUUUCUUCCGGGAAGACUUUCUACGACCAUACUACGACUACUCAAAGUCCAAUCCAGAUUCACUUCUCGUCCGAAUAACAGACUUCCUAGGGACGGCAUACCCUGCAAUCGGCACACUAUGUCAAUGCACGCCGUCUCAUCACGUCAUUAUGGAGAAUGUGCUCUGUGACAAAGACGACGAUGCGCGAGGGCCUGAUAAAUGGGAGACAUAUGACCUAAAACCCGUAGAUUACUUCUACCCAGAACGAGAUCUCCUACCCGAACCCCUGACCAGCGAGGAGACCAUGUCACGGUUAUUCGACGAAUUCAACGAUAAAAUACGAAUCACAAAACAACAAUACUCGGAAUUCAGAAAGACCAUCGAGGAAGAUACGAAGUUCCUCAGAUCAGUAAACACAGUUGACUAUUCCUUGUUUCUGAUUCGAUACCCGGCUCAUUUACGUCCUCGAACGCCGACGGAUCGGAAAAGUGAAUGGCGAGAAGGCGCAUUGUCAACGGACGGCAAUUGGAAAUAUAGAGCUGUGUUGCUAGACUUUUUUUGGGCGAAGCAUAAAUUACAGGCUCAGGCCAUGACUGGUAUUAUACAGACGUUUAAUGUCAUUGGACGCAAGGGUCCGAUGUCUAUCACCACCACGGCCGAGGAAUAUCGCGAGAAAUUCCUAGAGAUGGUGGAUGGCCUUGUUGAGCUUCCAGAUGAGCGUUGA